AUGUUGUCAAGAAUUAUCGGCCUUGCUCCGAUCAGUGACACAGCGAUCGUUGGAGAAAUCGACCAACUUGGUACUCUGCUCGCAGUUGGGGGUUUGCCUUCUAAAGUAAAUGUUGCAAGACGAGUAGGAAUACGCAAUAUAAUUAUGCCAAGAAAGAUGGAGAAUGCUUGGAAAAGGUUGGACAAGAAGGACAAAAUUGGAGUUAAUGCAAUUUAUGUUGAGACCUAUCCUGAGGCUUUUAAACUAGUCUUCCCCAGCUAUAAAAAUAACACUACGCUUACCCAUAAAUAA